AUGCAACAUGUGACUGUCAGGCUUCACCUACUCCUCCUCCUCCUCCUCAUCCAUCCUCUAACCUCAGUUGACCUGGAGGACGAAGAGGAUAAAGUGCUGGUGGAGGUCAUUGUUGACGGCUCCCCCUGCAGCGCAACCUGUGGGCUGGGGGUGAAAACUCAAACCCUGUGUUUACUGAAAGAUGGCAAGACGGCGAUGGAAGAAGACGUGGGAAGUAAAGAUGGAGCAGAGGUGUCUGGGGAGUGUCGUGCCCGUAAGGUGAAGUGUCUGGAGUCGUGGCAGUGUGGACUCAGGACGAUGACUGUGACUUCCGGACAGAGAGUGGAGAUUGACUGUCUGGGAGAAGUCAUGGAGGCGGUGGGGAGGUUCUCCUGGAGGGUGGCGUGGCGUUAUGCCCGAGGAAUAAUCAGCUCUGAUGACUCUCUGUUUACUCGCUGGGAUGCUCCUCUGCUGGACCGAGUGGUUCUGGACCCCGUCAAGGAGGAGGAUGCAGGUACUUAUCGCUGUGACGUUCAGGAUGCCACCUCCCGCAGGGUGAAGAGGGUUUACUGGGGGAUCCGGGUUAUGCCUGUUGGGGUUCUCAAUCUGGACUAUGAAAGCUCUCUGGCCCAGUGGGACUUUGAAAACCAGGAAAAUCAGACUGCUUCAGACCAGCCUGACAACAGGACGGCUCUUCUUCACACUGUGCUGAUUAGCUUGAGCCUCGCAGGCCUCGGGGCUGGACUGAUCCUGCUGAGCCUCUACUGGACACUGAAGACAAGUAGCCGCGACACUCUGCAUCCUGAGGAAUGA